GGCAGGCCGGCGGGAGGGGGAGGCCUGUCCGUCUCGUGCGUUGCCUGGGCGAAGGGGGCGGAGCUUUGGCGCGGGGCGGCCAAUGGUGGGGGUAGCUGCGUGGGUCGCCAUGGGGACGGGGCUGUUCCCGGGGAGGCUGUGAUGGGUUGACAGGUGCGUGACAGUGGGAGCUGCUCUCGGCACAAGCAUGUACGGCAAAGGCAAGAGUAACAGCAGCGCCGUCCCGUCCGACAGCCAGGCCCGGGAGAAGUUAGCACUCUACGUAUAUGAAUAUCUGCUCCAUGUAGGAGCUCAGAAAUCGGCCCAGACAUUUUUAUCAGAGAUAAGAUGGGAAAAAAACAUCACAUUGGGGGAACCACCAGGAUUCUUACAUUCUUGGUGGUGUGUAUUUUGGGAUCUCUACUGUGCAGCUCCAGAAAGACGGGAAACAUGUGAACAUUCAAGUGAAGCAAAAGCCUUCCAUGAUUAUGAAAUUCAACUAGAGCAUCUCUGGCAUCUCAGGUCUGAGUUGAAGAGUGCUGCAGCAGCUCCCAGUCCAGUGCUAGGAAACAUUCCCCCAGGAGAUGGCAUGCCAGUAGGUCCUGUACCACCAGGGUUCUUUCAGCCUUUUAUGUCACCUCGGUACCCUGGAGGUCCAAGGCCCCCAUUGAGGAUACCUAACCAGAAUUGGAAUUUCUCACCAUUCCUGAAACUCUAUAAACAGGCUCUUGGAGGUGUCCCAGGAAGUCAGCCAUUACUUCCCAGUGGAAUGGACCCAACUCGACAACAAGGACAUCCAAAUAUGGGUGGGCCAAUGCAGAGAAUGACUCCUCCAAGAGGAAUGGUGCCCUUAGGACCACAGAACUAUGGAGGUGCAAUGAGACCCCCACUGAAUGCUUUAGGUGGCCCGGGAAUGCCUGGAAUGAACAUGGGUCCAGGUGGUGGUAGACCUUGGCCAAACCCAACAAAUGCCAAUUCAAUACCAUACUCCUCAGCAUCUCCUGGGAAUUAUGUAGGUCCUCCAGGAGGUGGAGGGCCACCAGGAACACCGAUCAUGCCUAGUCCAGCAGAUUCAACCAACUCUGGAGACAACAUGUAUACUUUAAUGAAUGCAGUACCUCCUGGACCUAACAGGCCUAAUUUUCCAAUGGGCCCUGGGUCAGAUGGUCCCAUGGGUGGAUUAGGAGGAAUGGAGUCACAUCACAUGAAUGGCUCUUUAGGCUCAGGAGAUAUGGACAGUAUUUCCAAGAAUUCUCCCAAUAACAUGAGCCUGAGUAAUCAGCCGGGCACUCCAAGGGAUGAUGGUGAAAUGGGGGGAAAUUUCUUAAAUCCUUUUCAGAGUGAGAGUUACUCCCCUAGCAUGACAAUGAGUGUGUGAUCCAUUACCACGUCUCCUCAUGGAAACCACAGUGAGUCAGCCCUUCACGAACUACUAUGGAAGAAAGUUAUUCAUCACAGUGUACAGUUAAACAAAGGAAUCUCAGUCACACCAAACCGACCUUUUUAUUUCCUGCUCUCUCCCCUAUUUUGUGAAGAAAGCGGGUCCAGCCGUGAUUGGAACAACUGUAUGGAGCGGCAUAUUAGAACUGCCCUCAGCUGAACUGCAAAUGAUUCGCUGUGUAUGUAUAUGUGUGGGGAAGAGAAUGUGUUGUAUGUGUGUAUGUUAUAUGGACACAUGCACAUACGUACAUUGACCCACAGGACGUUGUAAAAUACUAUCACGUGACAUCUUAAGUAGAAAUAAGUAGGGACUUUUAUUCCAUUCUUUUUUUCACGUUUACAUUUUAAUUAUUAAAAGUUGCUCCUGCCCCUCCCUGAACUAUUUUGUGCUGUGUAUAUCACUGCUUUAUAUAAGUUAUUUUUUAAGGUGAACUCAGAUGUUAUGGUUUUGUAAAUGUCUGCAAUCAUGGAUAGGAAUAAAAUCGCUUAUUUGAGAGCUUUCAUUAAA